AUGGAGAAUUAUUUGAAUCAUGACAAUAUAAUCGAAGUAUAUCAUGCAGCAGAUUAUUUUCAAAUGUUUGAUUUCCGGGAUUCAAUUUUCAAACUUGUUAAAGUAAUUCUUAAUGUAAAUCAAAAACAAACUUGUGCACCAGAAUUCUUAACAAGAGCGGUUUCCAAGAUGUCUGCAUCGGCCGAUUGUGAAUUUAUGGAUUUACUGGUUGAAUCAGUAGCAAAAAUUCAUUUAGAAUCUAUUGGACCUGACAGAUUUUCAUUAAAAGCAUUACAAUGCCUUUUAUCACACACUCAAGACGAUAAAAUGAUUCCUUUCGCUACUCCCGAAUACUCUGUACUCCGAUAUUCAUUGAUUCGAGUAGCAGAUCAAAUAUCCAAAGACGCAACUUCAAUACUUGAAGGAUAUUUACCAUCAAAGAAGAGGAUCGCUGAACAUCCGAUCCAAAUUGAUACAGCAGAUAAUCCAAAAUAUAUUGAAAUUCUUCCACAAUUAAUUCAAAUGUUUACACCUUUACUUGAUUAUAUCGAACUUUGGCGUAUUAACGUAAAAAUCUUGGAAGACAUAAUUGAACCAUUAGAAAUAAUUCCAAGUGAUGCAAUGAUGCAAGUUUAUCGUCACCAAGCUAAAAAUAAAUCAAUACCUGAUACACGUGGAAUUCCAUACAUAUGCAUUGAAGAUAAUGUAGAAAUUGUUUACGUAUAUAUCGCUGCUAUUUCAAGAACUCCACUUGGAGGUUUUAACGGAUCUUUAGCGUCAUUAUCUGCCAUAAAAUUAGGUUCAAUUGCUGUUGAAGCUGUUUUAAAAAAGGCUAAAAUUGAAACUAAUAGCGUUCAAGAAGUCUUUUUCGGGAAUGUUCUUUCGGCCAACCUUGGUCAAAAUCCUGCUCGUCAAGUUGCUCUUGGUGCAGGCCUUCCUGAUACCGUGAUUGCUACUACUGUCAAUAAAGUAUGCGCUUCCGGUAUGAAAGCUGUAAUUUUAGGAGCUCAAACGAUUAUCACUGGUAAUGCUGAUAUCGUCGUUGCGGGUGGUACGGAAUCAAUGACAAAUACUCCAUAUUACGUACCUCAAGCUAGGUUUGGAUCUAAAUAUGGAGAUCAAACUCUGGUUGAUGGCAUAGUUAGGGACGGUUUAACAGAUGUAUAUAAUAAUUACCUUAUGGGUGUUGCUGCUGAAGAAUGUGCAACUGAAUACAAAUUUACUCGCGAGGAUCAGGAUAAUUAUGCAAUCUCUUCUUAUCAACGUGCACAAGCAGCUUUUGCUAAUGGACAUUAUGCUGAUGAGAUUGUUCCCAUAACCGUUCCAGGAGGUAGGGGCAAACCUGAUAAAAUUAUCACUCAAGAUGAUGAAGUUUCAAACCUUAAUGUCGAUAAAUUACGCGUAGUCCGUCCAGCUUUCUCGGAGAAAGGGACAGUGACCGCACCAAAUUCUUCACCAUUAAGUGACGGAGCUGCAGCAAUUGUUUUAAUCAGUGGUGAAAAAGCAAAAGAAUUAGGCGUCAAAACCAUUGCAAAAAUUAGUGGAUGGGGUGAUGCCGCUCAGGCACCAUCAAACUUUACCACUUCACCUGCGUUGGCAAUUCCCAAAGCAUUGGCACAUGCAGGAAAUAUUCAAUUGUCACAAGUAGAUUAUUUUGAAAUUAAUGAAGCAUUUUCAGUAGUAGCAUUAGCGAAUUUAAAAUUACUUAAAUUAGAUAAAGAUAAAAUAAACGUCUUUGGAGGAGCUGUUGCCAUGGGUCAUCCUUUAGGUUGUAGUGGCGCAAGAAUUAUUUGUACUUUAAUUAAUGUAUUACAAAAAAAGGAUGGUAAAAUUGGUGUAGCUGGUGUAUGUAAUGGUGGCGGUGGCGCUAGUGCUGUUGUUAUUUCAUUAUGUGAUUAA